CCAGCUCCGUAUUUCAUCUCAGGGGUACAUCUGCAGGGCCACAUCCUCCUCAUCCGUCAAGUCAGGACAGGUAACCGCACCGUACCUGCGCGCGGACCACGCCCUCCCUUGCGCCGCCGCCGCCGCCGCUGUGCGUAAAGGUAAAGCAGAGCAGGAAGUGGCUGUCAGCGUCGUCGUUUUGCCGUAAUGUGACUAAAAUCACCUGGCAUUUGACAGAGGAGCGGCAUGUUUUAACACGUUUUGAGUUCUAUUUGAUUAUUUAAGUUAAAAGUGGAUUUUGCGCGUAAUUGUAUUAGUGGCCAUGAAGACGCACUGGACGUACGCGCUCCUGGGACUUUUGUGUCUGACAGUCUUCGAAUCUGCAGAAUGCCUUCAGACGGUGGUCCGAGCGGACACAGGAGUAAAGGUGAUGGUGUCCCCUACACUGACUGUGGAUCAGUGUGAAAUCUGUACGGUCAACGGAGUCAAUGACACACAAAUGCAAUGUCAAUCAUCUGUGACUGUGAAUCCUGAGGAGGAGGUCCAACUACUGUUCAAAUGCCCGCAGCCACUUGAACAGGCCUACGUCGUGGACAUUUUUCAAACCAUCGUGUGCACUAAGGAGGCGUGCAGCCCUGCAACAGGAGCAGCUCCACAGUCAAUCCUCCCAAAUUUCACCAGAGGCCUCCACUGGGGGCUGGAGGCUCCUGAGAAGACAGUUGUGCGUCUGGAGAUCCAUGGAAACGGCCUGAUGGAGACCACACAGCCAUGCACUGAUGGACUUCAGUUUUCAGCGUCCAACGCGGACUCUGAUGAAACUCAGUACUGUCGCGGUGGAUCAGUGACUCAUUUGGAUUUGCUCAAUGGAGCUUCUAUUGUAGUGAGAGUGAAUCCAGAUGUGCAGGUGGAGUCUGUGUUCCAGGCUGCACCAUUAAAGGGUCGAACGAUGGUUGUAAGUGUCGAUUCCAGCACGACUGUGGUCAUCAGGCGAAACCAAGCAGAUCCUGAAUGUGAGGUGUGCUCUGCUGGAUCUGUUCGAACCUGCAGCCAAACCGAGUUGACGCUGACGGAUGUCGACAAGCUGUCACUGGAGUUCAGUUGCACUAAUCCUCAAGACGUGUUCACCGCUGACAUAAAGAGGAGAAUAGCGUGCACACAGACCUCCUGCUCCCCGGCCUCUGGAGACGUCGAUCCCGACCUCCUCAAGGACUUUAACAGACACCUUACCUGGGCUGUGGCUUCACCUGAGAGGACUGUGUUGACUUUGGACUUCCCUGAUCAAGGACUAAAGGAGAUUUCUGGUGCAGAAAAAUGCCAAGAUGGCUACCAGUACUCAGUGAGUUCAGGUAGAAGUGACAGAAAGGUGACAAAGAGCUACUGUAAAGGUGGGUCUGUGUCUACACUGGAUCUGUCUGGAGUCAUAGAUGUGACGUUAGAAGUGCCCAAAGGAGGAGAACUGGACCCGACAGCCUUCACAGUCAAAGCAGCACUAAGAGCAAGUAGAAUGAUUUCUGUGACGACCGACCCUGAUACAAAGAUCACGAUCAAAAGGGAAGACGAUGAUUCAGACUGUAACGCUUGUGUGAACGAGGGAGCCGACCAGACCUGCGACAAAAAACAACUCCUAAGAGAUCCACGCAACAUCUCGGUGGAGUUCACGUGUCCUCAGCCGCAAGACGUCUUCAUAGUGGAGAUCAACAGAGAUCUGGACUGUUCCAAGGUCUCCUGCUCCGGUGACGUUCUUCCAUCCGAGUACUCAUUGUUCCCAGACUUCAACCGCAGUUUCAGCUGGGAUUUUAAAGUUGGGACCACGCAGGCGUUUCAACUGGACUUUCCAGAGCCAGGAAUGCAACAGAUUCCCGAUGGGGAGACGUGUCCCGAUGACCACACCUACUCCAUCAUCAGCUAUCUGCGCUCUGGUCCCACAGACAUGGGUACUUUCUGCAAAGGAGGCCCUGUGAGCAGCAUCCAGGUCCGAUACAAGGGCCGGAUCAUUCUGAAGGUGCCUGCAAACACAAAGGUGGAUCCUGUUUCCUCUCCAUUCAGCGAAGGACCUCAGACUGACCUGUUGGCUGUUGUCAAAGUCCACCUGCCAAGGGGUGUAUCAGAUACACGCUUAACCAGCCCAAACUAUCCUCAGAGUUUCCCUGAUAAUGAGGUGAUGCAGUGGGACUUCAUAGUGCCCAGCAUGCACAACUACACAAUGCACUUUAAUGAUCACAUGGCCCCAGAAUGCCUCCAGAAGGAAGUGAUGGUGGAAUACUACAAGGAAGGCAAGAGGGUGGCCCAGCGGAGCCUGACGGAUCCUCAGCCAAUGCAUCAGCAGGGGAACUUCAACAUGAUGCUGAAGAACUGUAUAACCAACACGUCACUGCAGGGACUUGGCCUGGACUUCAAAGUGUCCGUGAUGAGGAGCGGUCAUCCAGUUCUGUGCACAGUGGAUCUAACCAAACACCAAGCAGUGUCUGUGCAGAUCGAGAAAGUGGGCUCUGAUCCCUACUGUGAGAUGAGUGUGAACUCAAAGCUGGAGAAGAAGAUAAACAUGGCUGCAGGCACUAAAACCAGUCUGUCCUUCCUCGACUGUCCAAAUGAAGAUGUGCGACUGACUGCAAGUGAAGUCAUCGAAUGUUGGAAUGUGUCGUCGUGUCCCGGGACUCUGCUGACGGUGCCCAAACUGGCGUCCUGUCUGCCGAUGCCUCUGCACAGCUUCACCUGGAACCUGAACUUCCCUCAGGACGCCACAGCAGAUCUGGUGUCGCCCACCGGCAGCCUCCGCCAGUCUGUACCCGGUCAGGAAUGUGCUCAGUCCGUUUUACUGCACGUGGCCGAAGCUGACGGUUUUAAUAUUGGAGAUUUCUGCUUCAAUGGAGCCAUCCAGAAAGUCCAGGUCCACACCAACGUCUCCAUCACUGCUCAUACACCAAACUUCAGCAGGACCAGGGGCCAUUUUCUCAACGUCUCCUUCAGUCCUGAAAUCCCAGAGACUGUUAUUUACAGAGUGACCCCAGACGUGUCCUCCCCGACUCUGCUGGCCACCCCGAACUGGCCCAAAGGCAUGAAGGCGUCCUCCACCGUGUCCUGGAUCGUCACUGUGCCCAACCAGUACCAGGCACUCAUGCAGUUUGUCAACGUCAGCCAACCCAAAUGCAACGACAGACACACCGCCAUGAAGGUGAAGAUGCUGGGAUACGAGGAGGAGAUGAUGAGCCGCAGGGAGGACGAAACACCUGAAGACAAGUUAAUAGUCCCCUACAGCUUCUAUCUCAACAUGUCCAACUGUAUCCCAGAGGAGGGAGACUUUGGGGCAGUGACCAAAAUUAAUCUGCAGAAGAAGAGCAAUCUCUUAGCCAUUCUUCUUGGGAUCGCAGGAGCUCUUCUUCUCCUGCUUAUAGUGCUCGCUGUCGUAUGUGUGAUCACAAAGAAAAAGAAAAAAGACCAGAUGAACAAAGAGUCCUCCAUCUACAUCGGCAAAGGGAAUAUUUUCCGUCCCAAUGACAGAACCUUCACCAAAGCCAGAUCUGACAACGAGUCCCACGUCUACGCCUCCAUAGAUGAGAUGAUGGUGUACGGUCACCUGCUGGGCGACUCCAGCUACACAGACAGCGUUCAGGACAACUACAAAGGCCUGCAGGUGGACUCGUACAACACCUUCACCGGGCCCACUGACCCAGGGAUGCCUGCCAUUAAAGAACCGGACUCAGAACCUGAAAUGGACCAGUACAGGUCCUUCUUAGACCCCUCUGAGACCUUCAUCCCGUCACGUCCACGCACUCCCAUCGAUCGACAGGACAGCCUGGGCUUCCAGGACCGCAGGAUGGUCGACAAUGAACUGUACACGUUCAAGAACACGGGGGAGAUAAACACGAUCCGACUCUCUGGGAUCGACAUGGAACCACAGCCACCGAUAACAGAGGAGUCCCUUUAGUGGGUCAGGACUGGAACUGUACGAUGCGCUGAUGUUACGCCACCAGGUAUCCCCAGAUUGUGCCUCAGUCAAACUCAGUGAGUCUCUGAAUGUGAUCUGUGGAAGCUUCACCAGUAGGAGCUGUGAUCGUCUUUUUAAUGAUUUCUUUAGUUUUUUUCUAAAUCUGUCGUUGCUCUUGCAGGAGCAGGGACACCGAGAAAGUAUGAACGUCUGGUGUUUGUUUUUAAAAGUGUUUUUUUAUUGUUUACUAGUCUUUUUUUGAAGAAACAACUUUCUUCUGUAAAUACAAUUUUAGUUUAUUGGAAUAAAUUUUUUAAGAAUGGGUUCCUUCGUGCAGUGAAGCAGUGACAUCUCCUCUUACACUAAGAUGCUGACCUUUCACAUCCUGGACAGUGAAAAACAUUUCAACCACAUGAAUUCAAGCCAUGGAAAAACUGUUUGGGUGUGGAGGGACAAGCAGACAGCGUCAGAGCACAGCCAGUGUUUACCAUAAAGAAAUGGGUUUUGCCGAAAACAACAAGAAGGAGAGGCCGGGCUUGUAUAUUUGCAGUGGUAGAAAUAGGAUUCAUAUCUUAGACUGCAGGAAAAAAAUACUAACAUUACACUGUGAAAAUCCUCCACUUCAGGUUGGUUAUUGUGCAAGAAAAUGAGCUCAAUGUUUUACUGUUUAUAUAUGAUGUUUUGGACUCAUUUUACUGCAGUAGGUGAUGAAGAUUGGGCUCAUUUGAACUAUUUUAGAAACUGUUGGUUGUUUAAUUAACAGCAAUGCAUCAUAUUUUAGAAGGUCAUUGCUGCUGACCUGUGAGAACUCAAUUUUUCGUGAGCUCAGAAAAAAUUUUCAGCUUUUCUCAAUGUAUUUUCCAGCUCAUCCAAGGGUUUUUGAAUAGUUUAUCUUAAGAAACCCAUAAAGGAACAAUUCAUCCUUAAGUGUAUCUUAAACAAAAACAGGCAGGAAGGGGAAGAAAAACUUUAACUAAAGGAACUAAAGCCACCAGAGUAAAAAGUAUAUUUUCCUGUGAAAUACAGUGGAGUAUAAAUUUCCUAAAUGUCCAUGAUUUUCUCUUUUAGUGUUGAGUGUUUUCCAAAUUAAAUAAUAUAGAAAUGAUGGAUUUGAUAGUUUAUUAAUGACAUUUCCAGGUUACAUCGGGUUAGACUACAAGACAAGCAAACUUAAAUGAUAUCUUAAAGCGAUGCUUAAGAUUGAGUGAAGUUUUAAAGAUUUUACAUUGUCAUUUGAGUCUUGUCGGUAAAAUACAGUAGAUGAGAAAAAGAUGUCGGCGUUUAAACCAGUAGUUUUCAACCAGACUCAUCUGUUAUAGGGUUGUGGAUUCGCAGCAUUUUAGGAAAAUUACACCCAGUUUAUAUAUUUGUGAAAGGUGCCAGCACCUACACAGACCUUUAGUAUUAUUUAUCAAAUAAAAUAUGUUGGAAAAAUAUAUGAUCUUGAAGCUUUUAAAGAGAAAAUGUGUAUUUCUAUAAAAACAAAUGCAGACGAUGCUGAUUCCUUUGCAUGUCUUGCUACCUCUUGCUUAUUCUUGACCAAAAUUUUCUUGGUUUGACUUUGACCACAAGGAAUGCUGCAAAUCAUAUAUCACCGAUUCAAUUCUGUCUAAAAAAACAUCGUCAUCUAUUUCUUAUCCAACUGAUUGUGUCUUUAACAUCAGGAUUUGCUUCCAGUUGAGAACCACUGGCUUAAAAACACCCCUUUACAGAGGAGGGAAAGUGGCAUUGCAGCAUGAGUACAAACACAAAGCAGCUACAACUAUGGCAGGAGUUAAAUGUGCUCAGACGAUGUUGAACUGGCAGACUGAGGCCUUUUCCUCACGACAGACCUCAUCAAACCACUUCCCGUUGGAAGCUGCGGAGAGGACGCCACAGUUCUGGGACAUUCCACCGUCUGGUUGAGGGGACCGGUAGUUGGACGUGUCCCAGUUCUUAUAUGUAAUGGUGGAGCCCAUGUGGUCCACCCAGGCGCCCUCGGUUACCAUGUCAUUGAUGCCCAGCCAGACCUGCUCGUCUGGACCGAUGCUCUGGCGGACGUAGUCUCUGAGCUGGUUGUUCUCGUCGCUGGAUGUGGGCGUGCUGAGGACGCCGCCCAGAGCAUUGCAGUCCUCGCUGGCGGUGUGAUAACGUUUCUUCACAGGGUCGGCCAGGAAACACUUGUCGUGGACUUUGAUGCCUUUUAAACAAACUGAAGAGGAAAACAGCAGGGACGGUGUCAUCCUCACAGACAUUACACUACUACUCCUUCUGAGGAUAAAAAAAGAAUCCUAUAGCAGUUUAAAGACAGGAUAUAAAUACGAGAUGCUCUGUGAUCAUGAUUGAUGUGUUGAAAAAGGUGCUUUGAAGAUGUUUUGUUUGGGGGGGGGGGGGGGUUUACAGGAACAACUGGAUAUCAUUUUGUGUUUUUGUACAUGAGGUCAGAUGAGGGUUUACCAUGUGUUUUCCAGAUUAAAACAUGGUGUUUCAAAGCCUG